AUGGGGUUUCUCACUUUUGCAGCAGCAGGCGGCGGCCUUAUUCUGAUGGGUGCAUACGAAGCCAUUUCUACCUCAAUCCAAAUCCCAGACCAAGAUUCAACUCCGUUGUCACCUCCAUCUUCACAAUCCUCAAAUACAAGAACGCAGACGAGCAUCCAAUCUCGCACGUCGUCGAUUUAUUAUCUCGCUGCCUCUGUCAUCUCCUUACUUUUCGUUCUAAAUUCUUUGGUUUCGUUCUUUGACGCAAACGACGCGAGUGACCGAGUCGGCUCAGCCCUCCAAUUUCAAGUGAUGGCAAUCGCCUCGCUCUUCUUGCUCUACGCAAUCACGGGUCUCCUGGUAAACUUCACAAAUUCCACUAUGCCUUGUUCGUUGCUCAGUUUGGUUGGUCUUUUCGCUUUCAUUGAAGAAUUUUUACUGUUUUACCUUCGAAAAAAAGACACUAGUGGGAUUGAAAAUCGGUACUUUGAUAUGUUGCUUGUGCCAAUUGCCGUUUGUAUAUUCUCCACAAUGCUUGAAUUCAACAACCCAAAAUCGAAUUACCCUAAAUUGGCUCGUGGGGUUGGGUUACUUCUGCAAGGAACUUGGUUUUUGCAAAUGGGUAUUUCUUUGUACACCAAUUUGAUAGCUCACGGGUGUUCUUUGCACGAAAAGAGCAGAGGGAAUUACACUGUGAAGUGUAAGGGGCACCCCGAAUAUCACAGGGCUAGAGCCAUUGUCACACUUCAGUUCAAUUGCCACCUUGCUCUUCUAGUGAUUUUGGUUGUGGGAGUGUACUCAAUUAUUGGUAAGAAAACUGGAGGCAGGGGUGAUGUUUCAAGCUAUAAGCCCGUUGGCGCCGAAAGGCAUCAAUUUGAUAAUCAGAGCCAGUUUACUUUGGAUUCUGAAGAUGAUGAUGUUGAUGAAGAGAUUAAAGAAGAGGGAAACUUGGCAAUACAGAAGGCCGGUGAAGUCGAAUUGGGGAUGAAUGGAUAUGGUUCUCACUAG